GUUAUCGGAGCUGUUGAUGGACAAGCGCCAUUCCGACAAUCGCCACCUCAGGAUCACUGUCAAGUAUGAAGGCCUGGAAGGUAUUAUACGUCGCCGCGGUACUAUGUCUUCCUCUUGCGGUAGAAUGCACUUCAUCCGGCCACCAUCACUCUCACCACCGAACAUCGAGACAUCGCUACAGUAUCGAAGGCACCAAAGCGGCAAUGGACGCUGCGCUGCAGAACCCUCACCCGCGUCUAGAUAUCCGCAGUAUCAAGGCCCUCCAAGACCUCAACGAGGCCGUGACUGCAGACACCAGAGUCCGUGCAGAUGUGGUGGGCUCCGACAAGGAUGUCGAGGCUUUUGCCGCUGCGGGGGAACUGCACUCGACCACCGAAAUCCACAAUGGCAAACAUAUCCGCGGUAAAAUAUCCACGACUUCAGCUCCGAUGAAAGUUCACAAGCAUAAGGAAUACAGCGAAGAAGCAGUGGUGACUAAAGACAGAGGAGAGGUGACGGCAUGUCUGGAACGCACAGAGGGAUACUUGGAAGAAUUGACGAAAAAUCUAUCGAGUGACGUUGUGUACACUGAAAAUCCGUUCUUCGAGUGUUUCCGACCGUCGCACGAGGUUUUCGACUUCUUAGACACACUGACGGAACAGAAUCCGCAGUUUGUCACCAAGUACGAGAACGUUUCAGUCACGUACGAGGGACGAGCGAUCCCGGCUUUCAAAAUCUCGACUUCGGAAGAUUCUUCUAAAAAGACUUUGUAUACUCAGGCAUUGAUUCAUGCUCGUGAGUGGCAGGCGGGAGCUGCUACGUUUUACACGAUGGCGGCAAUGCUCGAUGAUCUACGAGCUGGGAACGACGCUGCCACCAGACUUUUUGAAAAGUUCGACUGGUAUUUCGUGCCUAUUGUGAAUAUUGACGGAUACCAGUACACGUGGGAGGUUGAUCGUAUGUGGCGCACGAAUCGCCAUUUAUCGAAGUUAAACGGCGAAGAAGUGGGCGUAGAUUUGAAUCGCAACUGGCCGCCUGAGGAAUAUUUCAAUCUUGAUCCGAGCGAUGUGGACAGUGAGACGUAUCCUGGUGAUUUUCCUCUUAGUGAACCGUCUACGGCGGGUUUGUUUGACUUUAUCACAAAUUUGGACUCGUUGAGUGGAAUUUUAGACAUGCACACUUUUGGGGGUCAAGUGUUACGUCCAUUUAGUAACCAACCAGGCGGUGGCGCUGAGCCGUUUGGUUCGAAGAUGCGUGCGUUGGGAGACAGUGUUCGCAGAGCGCUAUCCACGCAACCCGACGUGCAUUAUCAGAGUGAGACUGGAGCGUAUCUCUACAAAGCUUAUGGAUGCUUUGACGACGGCAUGUACCUCCAGUAUAACCUCACGGUGCCAGCGUUGACUAUUGAAGUUGAAGGUGGUGACUUUGUGUCACCGCAGAGUACUAUCCGACCCGUGGGCAAGAACAUUUAUUUGGGAUUGCGUCAGUUUGCGCAUGAAGCUUUAGAAUACCGCAAGUUUGUUGAAGAAUUGUAAGGCGAUUAUGAGUUACGGUGAUAAAAAUAAUAUGUCGUACCUUCAAAACUAGAUCGUCUUCGACUUAUCUGGAA